AUGCACUCAUGCUACACGUGUACGCGCAAGCGAGACCCUCCACCCUUCGAACCUCACGUCGGGGGCACGCGUGGCACCGUGCAAAACGCCGGGCCGGCUUACGCGGGUGCUUCGUUGCACAGACAGCAGCCGUGGAAGCGCCAGAGCAAGGCCCAGCCUCCUGCAAACCCGCAGCGCUGCUGCACCCCGCCCCGUGCAAACGCGGAGCGGCCGCUGCAAGCAGCGGGAGCUGCGUGCUGCCUGCGGAGCCAUGGCUCCGUCGGGGGCUUCCCCGGGCCGGUGCGAGGUGCCCGGGGGAGCGCGGUGUCCCUGCGCGUCCCGCAGCCGCCGGAGCCGGCGGGGCGAUGGUCCGAUCUCCAAGUAUGUAUCCCGAAGGGCUCCACGUGCUGCUCGAGGAAGAUGGAGGAGAAGUACCAGGCAACAGCCCGCCUGAACAUGGAGCAGCUCCUGCAGUCUGCCAGCAUGGAGCUGAAGUUCCUCGUCAUCCAGAACGCUGCCGUCUUCCAAGAAGCCUUUGAAAUUGUAGUACGGCAUGCAAGAAACUUCACCAACAGCAUGUUUAGGACCCACUACCAGAGCAUGGGGCCCAGAGCACUUCAGUUUGUUGGAGAACUUUUUACUGAUGUCUCGCUGUACAUAUUGGGCUCUGACAUCAGUGUUAAUGACAUGAUAAAUGAAUUUUUUGACAGUUUAUUUCCUUUGGUUUACUCUCACUUGAUUAAUCCCGGCUUCCCCGAUCCCUCCAUGGAAAUGACUGAAUGCCUGCGGGCAGCCAGGAGAGACCUCAAAGUCUUUGGAAACUACCCAAAGGUGAUGAUGACGCAGGUGUCCAAGUCACUGCAGGCCACGCGAGUCUUUCUGCAGGCGCUCAACCUGGGGAUCGAGGUGAUAAACACUACUGACCACUUAAAAUUCAGCAAGGACUGUGGACGAGCGCUGCUGAAGAUGUGGUACUGCUCUCACUGCCAGGGGCUCCUCCUGGCCAAGCCCUGUGCCAGCUACUGUGGCGUGGUGAUGCAAGGAUGCUUGGCAGGCGUCGUGGAGAUCGAUAACCACUGGCGAGAGUACAUCGGGUCGCUGGAGGGGCUGACCAAAGGCAUGCAUGGCAUCUAUGACAUGGAGCAUGUCCUCUUGAACCUCUUCUCCCUGGUGCGGGAUGCGAUCGUCUACGUGCAGAAGAACGAAGGAAAGCUCUUGACAACCAUCAGUCGGUUAUGUGGCCACACUCAGCAGAGGCAGUAUCGAUCAGCCAAUUACCCCGAAGACCUUUUUGUUGACAAGAAAGUCCUGAAGGUGACUCACAUCGAGCAAGAGGAAACUUUGUCGAGCAGGAGGAGGGAACUCAUUAUGAAGCUGAAGUCCCACAGCAGUUUUUACAGCAGCUUGCCAGAGUACAUCUGCAGCCACAGCUCUGCUGUUCAGAACGACACUCUUUGCUGGAACGGACAAGAAGUUGUGGAGAGGUACAGUCCCCAAAUCACAAGGAACGGAGCAAAAGCUCAGCCUGGCAACCACGAAGUGAAGAUGAAAGGUCCCGAGCCAGUGAUCAGCCAGAUUAUUGACAAGCUGAAACACAUCAACCAGCUUCUCAAAGGGAUGGCUUUGCCCCGCCGAAAAGCUCCAGGCAAAACCCCAGAGGAGGAGGAGGAGGGGGAGAGCGGAGACUGCGAUGACGAAGAUGACUGCGGUGGAGGCUCCGGGGAUGGAGAGCUGCGAGUGAGGAACCAGCUCCGGUUCUUAGCAGAGCUGGCAUAUGACCUGGAUAUGGACGACACCACUGCAAACAAGCAGCUUCUGAAUCAGCAAAGCAAAGACAGCGCCAUGGUCCCCAGCAGCAACCGCGGGAGUGUGGCCCCCCGCCCCGGCCCUGCCGCUGCCAUCGCCCUGGUCCUGCUGCUGGGCCACCGGCCGUGA